CUUUGGAAACAUGUGCUGAUACUUCAAAUGUAAAAUCUCAGAAAAUAGACGAAAUAACAGAAAAUAUGGCAGCGGCUUCAGUAAAAGAUAAAGAUAAUAGUUCACAGACUAAAACCUGUAGCGGUCCGAUUUGUGUCAUUGUUUUGGGAAUGGCUGGAUCGGGUAAAACCACCCUAGUUCAGAGACUAACUGCACAUCUGCAUGCCCUGAAGACACCUCCAUAUGUAAUUAAUCUGGAUCCAGCUGUUUAUGAAAUCCCUUAUCCAGCUAAUAUUGAUAUCCGAGAUACAGUAAAUUAUAAAGAAGUUAUGAAACAAUAUUCACUUGGUCCUAACGGUGGAAUUGUCACAUCACUUAAUUUAUUUGCAACACGAUUUGAUCAAGUUAUAGAUUUAAUAGAGAAGAAAGCUGAUGAACAUAAGUAUGUAAUAAUUGACACACCUGGUCAAAUUGAAGUAUUUACCUGGUCAGCAUCUGGUUCUAUUAUUACAGAAACAUUGGCAUCUAAGUUUCCUACAAUAGUUGUUUAUGUUCAAGAUACUGCUCGAAGUGUUAAUCCUGUUACGUUUAUGUCUAAUAUGACGUAUGCUUGUAGUAUCAUGUAUAAAACUAAACUACCAUUUAUAGUAGCCCUAAAUAAGAUAGAUAUUGUGAGUCACACGUUUGCUAAAGAAUGGAUGACAGAUUUUGAAGCUUUUCAAGAAGCCAUGGAACAUGAAACCUCGUACACAUCAAAUCUAGUUAGAUCUAUGAGUUUGGCCCUAGAUGAUUUUUAUAAAGAUUUAAAGAAUGUUGGUGUAUCUGCUAUAAAUGGAGAAGGUGUAACAGAAUUCUUUAAAUUAGUAGAUGAAGCUGCUGUAGAAUAUGAAGAGGAAUAUAAACCCAUGUAUCAGAAACUAAAGGAAGAGCAUGAACAAAAGAAGAAAGAAGAAGCUGAGAAAGAAAUGAAUAAAAUAAAAAAGGACAUGGGAGUUGGUGAACCUUUGAAAUUAGGUGCUUCAGGUAGUGAUCUGUUAUAUACAAGAUCUAGUGGAAUGGCUAUUCAACCAGGUUUAUAUGAAUCAGAUAGUGAUGAAGAUUAUAAUCAACAUCUUGAUCCAGAAGAUGAAGCAGAUGAGAGAGGUGAAGCUGAAUCUUUAAAAAGAUAUUUAAACAGUCAAAAAGAAAGACAACAAACAAGACAAGAUAAAAGAGAAAAUAAUCCAAACUCUUAGCAAUAUUUAUUUUAAUUUCAUUGAAUCAUCAUCAUCAUCAUCAUCAUCAUCAAUUUUUGACACCUGGAAAUCAUCAUAAAAACAAAGAAAUACUGUGUGUAAAAAUAUAGACAACUUUAGUGUAAUAAAUCAGGAAAUGCUACAUGUCUGUUUCAAAAUGAACUUGAAACCAGUUGGCGAAAUUAUCAAAAUACAUUGGUCAAAAUUCUGUGGAAAAUUACUGCUUAUUACUGAGAAACGUUUCGACUAGGCUUUAUCAAGCAGUGUGACGAGACCCUAUAUACAUGUAAAAUAAUAAUUGGUUAAUGCUGAUCAACCAGAGACAGCUCUCUAAUUAUCUUGAAGAAAACCUAAAUUAACAUUGUUAAUGAUGGGUUAUUGGGGUUGGCCGUAAGUAGCUGGCUUUCUGAGGUUGUACAGUACUUGUCAACAGAUCAUUUAGAUUGAUGUGCUAUUAUUCUUGUUGGGGUUGGCCGUAAGUAGCUGGCUUUCUGAGGUUGUACAGUACUUGUCAACAGAUCAUUUAGAUUGAUGUGCUAUUAUUCUUGUUGGAGGUAACUAAGAUAAUUAUUUUAUGCUAGAUUGUGACGUUGUUUCGGUUCAUAAAAAUAAGAGGAUAAGAAACACAAUUUAUAUGGAAAACAAUUCCUGGUUUAUACUCAUAUAGCACAAUGUUUCGAUAUUUGUGCUUGAUAACGAUAAGAGAAUACUUGUCAAAAUGUUGUGCUAUGUGUGUAUAAAUCAGUGAUUGUUUAUACAUAUAAAUUUUGUCAUGUUUUUUAUUGUGCUCAAUCGUUAAAUGCCACUCAAGGAUUAAUAAAAGGAUAGUAUGUAGACAGAGGAGAUGGUGUAACACCUGUGAGAGGGUUAUAAAUCCAAAGUUGAAAUAACCAGAGAUAGGAGAUUGUAAAAUAUAGUCUGAGUACCCAAGUUUAGAUUUUGACAUUGAUUCCAUGAUGUAGAAAGAUUUUUAAACAUACAUUAUGCAGGAGCUAAAUCUGCCUAUUGCAGGUCUUUCUUUAGGCCUGGAAUGUUUUCUAAAUUAUAAAUGAAACAUUAAUUAACUUAUCCAGGCCAUAAUCAACUCUCGUUGGCAUUGUUUUUCUCCGAUAUUAAAUAGAUUAGAACAGUUCAGCCAUAUUUUGAUUUAAGCUAAAAAUGGAGGAGCAAGACUUACCUUUGAACAACCAGUACGGUGGUUGAAAUUAUUGUACACGUCUUGUUAAACCUUCAAAAGCUAAUAUCUUCGCUCGCAAUAGAGUAAUUUGAAUGAAAUUUUCAAAUUAUUCAAUAUACAUUAUCUAUUUUCGAACUAUUAUAGCAAGAAUGGAUAGCUCUUUAUCUAAAUCUUACAUAAUGUACCGGUAUCUUUAAACUAUAAUUUCGGUGUAAUUCAACAUAGCCUUCAGAGGUGGAUUAGCCAACUUUAUUUUACUUGGUGUUACAUAACAAGUUAUCAAGACUUAUUGACCCUUUUUCCUGAAGCUGAUAGUGACAUUUAGUGACUCAAUUCUGCCCUCUGUUAACCCAAACUAAAGAUGUCCCACAUGCACAAUUUUGAAACAGAAACUUAGAUUUCAGUGCUAUGUAAGAACAUUACAGAUCUGUCUUUUCAAAACAUUCUAUGUAACUGAAACCCCAGACUUAAAUUAUUUUUUUUCACGUCUUUCUAACGGUUGAUUUUUAAGCACAUGCCUUCACGUUUUAUCCUAUUUACUCAGCAGGAAAAUAUUUCCUGAGAAAUGUGACCCCUUAAUAGUUUACUUUUCUGACAUCCACAGAAACAAUUCAAACUUUAUUAAAUUUAGGAAACAAAUUAGAACAAUAAACUAUUCUUAUGGCCAUUUUUGAAUAUUUAUUGUGUAUUCAUUGAUGUAGACAGAGUGGUGGGGUUGUUCCAAUAUCAUUUACACUUUUAACCCUUUAGAAAUUAGACCAAACUAAACCGCCCCAGCUAAGGCUCCUUAGACCUCCCCAAACCACCUGUCAUGUAAUGAAUGGUCCUAUAAUAUGGAAAGCUAUUCACAUAUCUCAGAGGUUUGAGCCUUGAGGUGGUCUAAGGAACAGUUGUUUCGGUCGGUUUCAGUUUGUUCAGGGAUGUAUCUGUAUUGAUAUAUCACUUUUCUCUAAUUUUCUUCAAGGAACUGUUAUAGUCGAUAAUUACAUAUAUCAAGUGUUUAGCUUACAAGGGUGCUUGAACCCAAUAGCACCACCUGUGGCUAUACUACUGUGUAUAUUUUAUAACACCUAAGUUACUAUACUUGUAUAAACAAUGUAUUAUAUGUAAAUAAAUUAAGCUUACAUCAAUGGUU